CGUGACGAGCAUAACGAGAGCAUGCCCCAAUAGUGAUAGGUCUGUACGGUGUGAUAGCCUACCAUCGAUGGACUCGAGAGACCGGGUUGUACGGUAUAAUGAAGGCCUAUUAAGGCUGGAGAAAAGCUCCAAGACCGCAGCAUUACAGCGUCUGUUACAUGUACAGGAUCUCCGUUAUGAAACUUUCCUUAGCAAGCUAGAUGAUGAUAACACUAUUAACUCGAUGAUAUCCCAUACUGCCCCUCCUACAGGAGUUGCACAUACACUGAUGAGGCAGAAACGUCUUCGUGCCUGUCGUACGCGGAAUGAGGCGUUCGUAUCUCAGAAAUCUGCCCGACGAUACUGAACAUGUCCAUCCUGAUUACGUGGUGGCAACAGCCUCUGCUAUUGCGGUGACCUUCUCCAUAUUGCUCUUGAUAAUCUCCGAAUAAUCCUUCGUUCGUUCCCUCAUAACCCAACUAGUAGUGCUGCUCGUUGGUCUCUCUCUGGUCUUGCUAGCAUCCUAUGUAUCAGCAGUAGCUUAAUAUCGAUGAACAUCGAUUGAACAUUGUAUACAUUUGCUUCACUGUCCCUCUCAUCUCCCAGACCGUCACACCUUCAAUGGUGCGAUAGCUGGGGGGAGCUUUAGAGGCGUAGCAUGCCCCGUUUAUGAUAGUAUUAGUAACCAGGUGAAGGAAGACACUCUAUAUCCCUCGUUAUCAUGCUAGAUGAUAGAUGUAUAAGUGCAGAGUAAACGAUC